AUGUCCAACUACGGCGGUGAUCGCGGCGGUCGCUCUGGCGGCUACAGUGGCGGCGGCGGCGGCGGCGGUGGCCGUGGCGGCUACGGACGUGAUCGUGACGAUCGCGGCGACCGCAACGGCGGUGGUUAUGGUGGUGGCGGUGGUGGCUACGGCGGCGGUCGCAGCAACGGCUACUCCAACGGCGGCUCCAAUGGUUUUGGCGGCGGCGGUGGUGGUUAUGGUGGCGGCGGCGGCGGCUAUGGCGGCGGUGGUGGUGGUUUCGGCGGAGGCGGCGGUGACCGCAUGUCUGCGCUGGGUGCCGGCCUUCGUAAGCAGGACUGGGACUUCUCUACCCUCCCCAAGUUCGAAAAGGAUUUCUACAAGGUGAACAGCGAUGUUGAGAACCGUUCUGACGCCGAGGUCGAAGCCUUUCGCGCAAAGCACCAGAUGACCAUUGCUGGUAGCGCCGUCCCCAAACCCGUCGAGACCUUUGACGAGGCUGGCUUCCCCCGCUACGUAAUGGAUGAAGUCAAGGCACAGGGCUUCCCCGCCCCCACUGCCAUUCAAUCUCAAGGUUGGCCCAUGGCCCUUUCCGGUCGCGAUGUUGUCGGUAUUGCCGAGACUGGCUCCGGCAAGACUCUUACCUACUGUCUCCCCGCCAUCGUUCACAUCAACGCCCAACCCCUUCUUGCUCCUGGCGACGGUCCCAUUGUCCUGGUUCUCGCCCCCACCCGAGAACUCGCUGUCCAGAUUCAGCAAGAGAUCACAAAGUUUGGUCGCUCCUCCCGCAUCCGCAACACUUGCGUCUACGGUGGUGUCCCCAAGGGCCCUCAGACCCGUGACCUAGCUCGCGGUGUCGAGGUCUGCAUUGCCACUCCCGGUCGUCUGAUUGACAUGCUCGAGGCUGGCAAGACCAACUUGCGCCGUGUUACCUACCUGGUUCUUGACGAGGCUGAUCGCAUGCUUGACAUGGGUUUCGAGCCCCAGAUUCGCAAGAUCAUUGAGCAGAUUCGCCCCGACCGUCAGACUCUCAUGUGGUCUGCUACCUGGCCCAAGGAAGUCCGCGCCAUGGCUGCCGAUUUCCUCCAGGAUUCCAUCCAGGUCAACAUUGGUUCCAUGGAACUUGCUGCCAACCACAGAAUCACCCAGGUUGUCGAGGUUGUCACCGAAAUGGAGAAGCGUGAUCGCAUGAUCAAGCAUCUUGAGAAGAUCAUGGAAAACAAGGAGAACAAGAUCCUCAUCUUUGUUGGCACCAAGCGUGUUGCCGACGACAUUACCCGAUUCCUUCGCCAAGACGGAUGGCCCGCAUUGUCAAUUCACGGUGACAAGCAGCAAAACGAGCGUGAUUGGGUCCUUGACCAGUUCAAGACCAACAAGAGCCCCAUCAUGGUGGCCACUGACGUGGCUUCGCGUGGUAUUGAUGUUCGUAACAUCACUCACGUGCUCAACUACGACUACCCCAACAACUCGGAGGAUUACAUCCACCGUAUUGGUCGUACCGGACGUGCUGGUGCCACUGGCACUGCCAUCACACUCUUCACCACUGACAACCAGAAGCAGGCUCGUGAGCUUGUCAACGUUCUUCAGGAAGCGAAGCAGCAGAUUGACCCUCGUCUGGCUGAGAUGGCCCGCUUCGGCGGCGGCGGCGGCGGCCGUGGCUACGGAGGUUGGGGACGUGGUGGUCGCGGCGGUGGCGGUGGCAGAGGUGGUAACAACGCCAACAACAUGCCGCUACGCAACAAUCGCUGGUAA